AAAUUUACUAUGAAUUAAAUGGAAUUAUAAAAGAGGGCGCAUUAGUUUCUAAAGCAUGCAUAUACCUGUGCAACCUGUUAUGGCUUUUGAAAAAAAAUUACUACCAAUACUAAGUUUGUCUAGUGUUGAAAUUUAUUUAAAAUUAUAUAUAAUAAGACAUGUUAUUUUACCAGCUGAUUUAGCAAGACAUGUUCCAAAAACUCAUCUUAUGUCAGAAACAGAAUGGAGAAAUUUAGGAGUUCAACAAAGUCCAGGUUGGGUACAUUAUAUGAUGCAUGUACCAGAACCACAUGUACUACUCUUCCGUAGACCAAGAACUGAUAUUUUAACAAAUACAAGAAACACUGCUUUUCAAAGAGAAUACCAAAAUGUAUAUUGUGUUUAAACAUAAUUUUAGGAAUUUUCAAUAUUAUUUAAUGUUAGAUUUAAAGAUUAAUAAAUUGAUUAGCAUAAUUAUAAUGUAAAUGGCAAAAAUGAUUUGCUUAUUUAUGAUCAUGAUCAUUUUGUUAAGAUUAAUAAAUAUAUUCUGAUGGAAUUUAUGUAAAUUUUAAAAAAUAUUUUAAAAGUAAGAGAGAGAGAGACUGUAAUAAAUU